AUGAGUAGUGCUCUCCCUCCUUCUUCGAGUUAUCCAUCACGUAGUACGGGUCUCCCUCCUCUCUCUCAUGGUCCUCGUUCUUCAAUGAUGUCAAUUGAAUACGAUGGGAUUCCAUUACCACCUCCAAGUAUUCGUUCAUGUGGUUCCCAACAAUAUGUGACCAGUUAUAUUCCUACAGGUGCUGCUUUUCCUCCUAAUAGUGUUCAAGACUUGAUCUCCAGUAUGAAAUCCUAUGUUAGUGCUACUGAUUUGGUACGCACAUACAGUGAAAUUCCAUCCGUUGAAGAAGCUCUUGUAACGUUGGAUCGAGCAGCCCUUGCACUGAAUACAAGACGAUAUCGGGAUGCUCUGAAAUUGUAUCUGGAAGGAGGGUAUGCCAUGGCAAAUGUGGCCGAACGACAAGCAAAUCCCAAGAUUUGCAACUUGUUGACUAGUAAAGGCUUUGAAACACUCAAUUGGUGUGCACGAUUAUGUGAUUGGAUUGAAGGACGCGUCAAAGAGAAACGUCCACGACCAGGUGUACAUAAAGUGGGGAUUCCAGUGAGUAAUUGGGAUGAAGAUUGGCUCGGUCCUUGUAUGGAUGAAGAGGAAGCAAGACGAAUGUGGUAUACACCAGUAUAUUGUCCUCAUCCAAUUGAUUUUUCCAACUUGGGGUAUCGUUUACGAUGCGUAGAGACAGGAAGACGUCCACGCCUUAUGAUUUGUAUUACAAUGUACAAUGAAGACCCACAACAAUUGAAAGCAACAUUGAAGAAACUUGCCAAUAAUUUGGCGUAUAUCAAAGAGAAACAGACAGAGCGUGAGAAAGCUCUAACAGGAACGUUUGGAGGUGACGACAUUUGGCGGAAUGUACUGGUCUGUAUUGUAGCUGAUGGACGUGAACAGGUAAAUGACAAGAUGCUGGAUUACUUGGAAGCUAUUGGACUCUACGAUGAAGAUCUUUUGACCAUCAAUAGUGCUGGUAUUGGAGCACAAUGUCACUUGUUUGAACAUACGCUACAGCUUUCAGUGAAUGGCAAGAGUUUGCUGCCUAUCCAGACAGUCUUUGCACUAAAGGAAAACAAGUCGAGUAAACUUGACUCGCAUCAUUGGUACUUUAAUGCGUUUGCAGAGCAGAUUCAACCAGAGUACACAGCAGUGAUGGAUGUCGGCACGAUGUUGACCAAGUCAGCACUCUACCACUUGCUGUUUGCCUUUGAGCGCAACCACCAGAUUGGAGGAGCUUGUGGACAACUUACGGUAGACAAACCGUUUGAGAAUAUGAACAAUUGGGUUGUCUCGGCGCAACAUUUCGAGUACAAGAUUUCCAAUAUCCUUGAAAAGUCGUUGGAAAGCUGCUUUGGGUUUGUCAGCGUCCUCCCUGGUGCUUUCUCGGCUUACCGCUACGAAGCUAUCCGCGGAGCCCCAUUGGAUGCAUACUUUCAGACCCUGAACAUCGACUUGGACGUGCUUGGGCCUUUUAUUGGCAACAUGUAUCUCGCAGAGGACAGGAUUCUGUCAUUUGAAGUAGUCGCGCGGAAGAACUGCAAAUGGACCAUGCACUACGUCAAGGACGCUGUGGCUCGCACGGAUGUACCGCACAAUCUUGUUGGGCUUAUUUCGCAGCGCAAGCGCUGGCUCAACGGCGCAUUCUUCGCCACGCUCUUCAGUAUUUGGAAUUGGGGUCGUAUUUACUCGGAGAGCUCGCACUCGUUUGGGAGGAAGCUGGCGUUCCUGGUGUUUUUCAUCUAUCACCUGUUGUACACGGCGUUUGGCUUCUUCUUACCUGUGAAUUUGUACCUGGCACUUUACUUCAUCGUGUUUCAGGGGUUCCAGCAAAAUCGCCUCAAGUUUGUUGACACUUCGGGGUACUCGCAAACCGUGCUGGAUUGUGCUGUGUACAUCUACAACUUCAUGUACCUCUUUGCGCUCCUGAUGCUCAUCAUUAUCGGUUUGGGCAACAACCCGAAGCACAUGAAGCUCACGUACUAUUAUGUGGGUGCUGUGUUUGGCGCCAUGAUGAUGCUCUCGUCCCUUGUGGGUAUUGGCGUAUUUUUCUCGACGCCAAGUACCACCAACUCAGUUUUGCUAUCGGUCCUUACUAUGGGCGUAUACUUCCUUGGUCCAGCUCUCCACGGCGAGGUACACCACAUUUUCAUGACAUUCACGCACUACGCGGCAUUAACCCCGAGCUUCGUGAACAUCUGUACAAUCUACUCAUUCUGCAACCUUCAAGAUCUAUCGUGGGGCACCAAAGGUUUGCACGAUGAUCCGCUGCUGUCUUUGCGGGAUGAGACCGAAAAGGGAGACUUCAAGGACGUGAUCGCCAAGCGUCAUGCGAUGGAAGAACGCCGCCGCGAGGAGAAGGAGCGAACUGAGAACAGAAAGAGAAUCUUUGAAGCUUUUCGCACCAACGUCCUCCUCAUAUGGGCGUUCUCCAACCUCAUCUUCGCACUCGUCAUCGUGUACUUCUCCAGCUCAUCGACGUACAUGCCUUUCCUGUACAUCUUUGUUGCCAGCAUUAACUCGUGCCGUCUACUAGGGAGUAUUGGUCACUGGGUCUACAUGCACACGGCUGAUCUGCGUGAUCGCGUUCUUGACAAGACUGAAUGUGGCAACGGCACUGGCCGCUAUCCGCAAAACUCAUACGUGCAGCUUGAUGAGCACUACGCCGCCCUCACAGAGGACCAGCGCGCGUACGCUUCCGGACGCACCAAUGUUUCUGAACGUACCAAGAAUGACGUCUCCUCGGUCGCGUAA